UUCUCCAGUCCGAGGGGCGCCCGGUAGGGCGCAGCGUCCCUGUGCUGCAGUCGGGCUCGCCGCGGCGCCGGGAUCCCGCCGGACGAUGGAGCCGGGUCUGCUCGAAGCGUGAGGCGCCGCAGAUCGGUUCUGGAGAGAGGGGGGCGCGAGGUCUGGAGACCCGGGGCGGCGGACGGGAGCCCUCCCCCCCCGCCCCGCCUCCGGGGCACCAGCUUCGGCUCCAUUGUUUCCUCCCGGGCUGGAGGCACCGAGCAACGCCAGGAGCGAAGCGCCAGCCGCGGGGCUCUCGCGACCCCGCGAGGACCGGAGCUGAACCCGGGGGGCGACGAGCCGGAGAGAGGGACGCGGGCACUCGCCCGCCUGUACAAGCCACGGCGAGCUUUCCAGAGUCGGAACCGCUGCGCCAAGUGAGAGUCAGCUUGAGAAGGAGGAUCAAGCUCAAGGUGGAGUAUCCAUGGAGGUGUGGAGCCUUGUCACCAACCUCUAACUGCAGAACUGGGAUGUGGAGCUGGAAGUGCCUCCUCUUCUGGGCUGUGCUGGUCACAGCCACACUCUGUACUGCCAGGCCGGCCCCGACCUUGCCUGAACAAGCUCAGCCUUGGGGAGCCCCUGAGGAAGUGGAGUCCCUCCUGGUCCACCCCGGUGACCUGCUGCAGCUUCGCUGUCGGCUGCGGGACGAUGUGCAGAGCAUCAACUGGCUGCGGGAUGGGGUGCAGCUGGUGGAGAGCAACCGUACUCGCAUCACAGGGGAGGAGGUGGAGGUGCGGGAUUCUGUGCCCGCUGACUCCGGCCUCUACGCUUGUGUGACCAGCAGCCCCUCUGGCAGUGACACCACCUACUUCUCCGUCAAUGUCUCAGAUGCCCUCCCCUCCUCGGAGGAUGAUGAUGACGAUGAUGACUCCUCCUCUGAGGAGAAAGAGACAGAUAACACCAAACCAAACCGUAUGCCCGUAGCUCCAUAUUGGACAUCCCCAGAAAAGAUGGAAAAGAAAUUGCAUGCAGUGCCAGCUGCCAAGACAGUGAAGUUCAAAUGCCCUUCCAGUGGGACACCAAACCCUACACUGCGGUGGCUGAAGAAUGGCAAAGAAUUCAAACCUGACCACAGGAUUGGAGGCUACAAGGUCCGUUACGCCACCUGGAGCAUCAUAAUGGACUCAGUGGUGCCAUCUGAUAAGGGCAACUAUACCUGCAUCGUGGAGAAUGAGUAUGGCAGUAUAAACCACACAUACCAGCUGGAUGUUGUAGAGCGGUCCCCUCACCGGCCCAUCCUGCAAGCUGGGUUGCCUGCCAACAAGACAGUGGCUCUGGGCAGCAAUGUGGAGUUCAUGUGUAAAGUAUACAGUGACCCACAGCCCCAUAUCCAGUGGCUAAAGCACAUCGAGGUGAAUGGGAGUAAGAUUGGUCCGGACAACUUGCCUUAUGUCCAGAUCUUGAAGACUGCCGGAGUUAAUACCACCGACAAAGAGAUGGAGGUGCUUCACUUGCGAAAUGUCUCCUUUGAGGACGCGGGGGAGUAUACAUGCUUGGCGGGUAACUCUAUCGGACUCUCCCAUCACUCUGCAUGGUUGACCGUUUUGGAAGCCCUGGAAGAGAGACCAGCUGUGAUGACCUCACCCCUCUACCUGGAGAUCAUCAUCUACUGCACAGGGGCCUUCCUCAUCUCCUGCAUGGUGGGCUCUGUCAUCAUCUACAAGAUGAAGAGUGGCACCAAGAAGAGCGACUUCCAUAGCCAGAUGGCCGUGCACAAGCUGGCCAAGAGCAUUCCUCUGCGCAGACAGGUAACAGUGUCGGCUGACUCCAGUGCAUCCAUGAACUCUGGGGUUCUCUUGGUUCGGCCCUCACGUCUCUCCUCUAGUGGGACUCCUAUGCUAGCUGGGGUCUCUGAAUAUGAGCUUCCUGAAGACCCCCGUUGGGAGCUACCCAGAGACAGAUUGGUCUUAGGCAAGCCCCUAGGAGAGGGCUGCUUUGGACAGGUGGUGUUGGCAGAGGCCAUUGGGCUAGACAAGGACAAGCCCAACCGUGUGACCAAAGUAGCUGUGAAGAUGUUGAAGUCGGAUGCAACAGAGAAGGACCUGUCAGACCUGAUCUCAGAGAUGGAGAUGAUGAAGAUGAUUGGGAAACAUAAGAAUAUCAUCAACCUGCUGGGAGCCUGCACACAGGAUGGUCCUCUGUAUGUCAUUGUGGAAUAUGCCUCCAAAGGCAAUCUCCGAGAGUACCUGCAGGCACGAAGGCCUCCAGGACUGGAAUACUGCUAUAACCCCAGCCACAACCCAGAAGAGCAGCUCUCUUCCAAGGAUCUGGUAUCCUGUGCCUAUCAGGUGGCCCGAGGCAUGGAGUAUCUUGCCUCUAAGAAGUGCAUCCACAGAGACCUAGCUGCCAGGAAUGUGCUGGUAACAGAAGACAAUGUGAUGAAGAUUGCAGACUUUGGCCUUGCUCGGGACAUUCACCAUAUUGACUACUAUAAAAAGACAACUAAUGGCCGGCUGCCUGUGAAGUGGAUGGCACCUGAGGCCUUGUUUGACCGGAUCUACACCCACCAGAGCGAUGUGUGGUCUUUUGGGGUGCUUUUGUGGGAAAUCUUCACUCUGGGCGGCUCCCCAUACCCUGGUGUGCCUGUGGAGGAACUUUUCAAGCUGCUGAAGGAGGGUCAUCGAAUGGACAAGCCUAGUAACUGCACCAACGAGCUGUACAUGAUGAUGCGGGACUGCUGGCAUGCAGUACCCUCUCAGAGGCCUACCUUCAAGCAACUGGUGGAAGACCUGGACCGUAUUGUGGCCUUGACUUCCAACCAGGAGUAUUUGGACCUGUCCAUGCCUCUAGACCAGUACUCUCCCAGUUUUCCCGAUACUCGAAGCUCUACCUGCUCCUCUGGGGAGGACUCUGUCUUCUCUCAUGAGCCACUGCCUGAGGAGCCCUGUCUGCCUCGACACCCAACCCCACAUGCCAAUGGUGGACUCAAACGACGCUGACAACCACCCUCUCUGACACUCCCUACCAAAGCUCCAUCAUCAGCUGUGUCCCUCACCCACAGCUCCCUGCUGAACUCGACUGCCUUCCCUCUUCCCUUUUCCUGCUGGCAUGAGCCAGCUGCCUGUGUGAGGCCUUCUUGUGUGGCCUGUCUUCCCCUACCAAGCUCCCCCUUUCUCCUCUUCCUCAGUCUGCUUGUGAGAGGAGAGCAGAGGCAGGUACUUGCUGGUAGCCACUUCAUUCCCUCCCAAGUUUGGACCAAUACUCUUCCUUGCCACCUGGCACUGCCUAGAGGGCUGGCCAGGAGUAGAAUGAGCAGGCAAGCAGGGAGAGCUUCCUGAGAGUUCUUGUGUUGUCAGCCCCUUGCAUUAUGGUGGCAGGUGCCUUGUCCUCGGGCUACAACAGCAGGGAGGUCACUGCUUCAGGCCUCAGUUGAAGACCCUCUGUUCCAGAUGGAUGGUGCCAGUGGCUUAUUAAUUGUAGUACUAAUUUGCUUUGCUGACCAAAAUGCCUGGUACCAGAGAAUGGCAAGGGUAAAGACUGGAGCAGUGAUGUGGUCCUGGACUGGGGGAUUUGUACAUAGCUAUGAAAAAAACACUAAGUGUAUAAAUCUGAGUAUAUAUUUACAUGUCUUUUUAAAAGGGUCAUUACCAGAGAUUUACCUUUGGGUAAGAUGCUCCUGGUAGCAGGGAGGCAUCAGUUGCUAUAUAUUAAAAACAAAGAAAAAAAAAAAGGAAAAUGUUUUUAAAAAGGUCAUAUAUUUUUUGCUACUUUUGCUGUUUUAUUUUUUUAAAUUAUGUUCUAAACCUAUUUUCAGUUUAGGUCCCUCAAUAAAAAUUGCUGCUGCUUCAUUUUUAUAUUGGCUGUGUGAAAAGGGAGCAGAUGUCCAUCGGAAAGGAGGGAUGCCAAGGGGCUAUAUGCCAUCUACACAGAAGGCACUGCAUACUCGCCACUUUGCCUUGUGGUCUCUUCUUCAGGCCUUUGGUACAAACCCCCUACCUCUCCAAUGCCAUUGGAAAGGCAGGAAAAGAAGACAUCAGCAUUGUGGGCAGGAGCCCCAGAGGAGCUGGGCCAAGAGCCAAGGCCACAGCAGCCUGUGACCACAAAUUGUUUCCUCAGAGGAAACUAAGGUGGGGGGGGCGCUGGAAUAGCCAAGUCAUAGAGCUAACGAGAGAAAAACAAGGAUUAUCUAGUGGGUCUGCAAGUACCCCCCUUUGUGUGGGCAUGAUCUGGCCUGUGCUUGUGUAAGGAAAACUGGUCAACUACGGCAGUGUACGUUCAGGUCCCUUGUUUGUCUUUCCUGUCUUCCUGUGACCAGACUGCAUUUGUUAGUCUGUUGCAGAUCUUGGCUUCCUGUGCAAACUCCACCCAUCAGUGCCUCAGGAAAGGGAAGAAAAGUCUGAACGGUUUUUUGUGUUUGUUUUUUUUGGGGGGGUUCAGGCUGUUUUGAAACUUGCUUCUGCCACCUGCUGGUUGUUCCUGUCCUGGCCAAGUGGAUUCUGGCUCUUGGGUACUUCAUUGUUUAGCAGCCUCUAUCCUUAAAGCUUACUUUGGGUGGGUCAACCACUGAAUAUAAAAGCAUAUUGAAUCUUAUGCUUUCAUUCUGUAAGGAAAAUGAAAUUGCUGCUUUAAGUUUCCUUUCUCAGCUGGGUAAUUUUUGGAAGCUGCAGUGUUGGUUACCAUUGUAAAAUUCUCUUCUCUCUGUAAUCAUGCAACUGUUGACAUAUACUACAAAUGUAUUUGUUUUAAUAAGGUAUGAUUUGAUGAACAGAAUCAGGAAGUGAGUUUCAGCUCUUAAAAUAAUUUGCUUUCAGACAAAAUGGUAGCAUCUUUUCUUUGUAAACUAAGCAAUUGCUGCCUAGACCUCACCUUGACAUGGUGUUAUGUCAGUGAAUGAGAAUUUAUAUAAAGGGCUCUGCCUCCUGGAGAGGUGCUAGAAAAGUAAAAGGCACUAACAGUGAUGUCCCUGCUGUUACUACUCAAAUCACCCACAAGUUUCUCUGGAGACUAAGUUGGCUGACAAAAGACAGUGAAGUUAACCUGAGAAAAUAAAAUGGCUAUUUUACUUUGA